UACAGCAGUCGUGAAGCAGCGUUUGUCUACGCAAUCUCCUCGGCAGGAGUGGUCUAUGCACUUACACGAGCCUGUAGCCAGGGGGAGCUCAAGACGUGUAACUGUGAUCCACACAAACGCGGACGAUCCAGUGACGACCGGGGCGAGUUCGACUGGGGAGGCUGCAGUGACAAUAUUAACUAUGGAAUUAAAUUCGCCAAAGCUUUUAUUGACGCUAAAGAGAGGACGGUCCGAGAUGCACGAGCAGUCAUGAACUUGCACAACAACCGCUGUGGCAGAACCGCUGUGAAGCGUUUCAUGAAGCUGGAGUGCAAAUGUCACGGUGUUAGUGGCUCAUGCACACUGCGGACAUGCUGGAUGGCCAUGUCAGACUUCAGGAAAACGGGCGACUAUCUGAGGAGGAAGUACAAUGGGGCCAUUGAGGUGACCAUGAACCAGGAUGGGACGGGGUUUGCUGAAGCCAACAAAGCCUUCAGGAAGGCCACCAAGAAUGACCUGGUGUACUUUGAGAACUCCCCAGACUACUGUCUACAAGACAAAGCUGCAGGUUCACUGGGCACAGCUGGCAGAGUCUGCAACAAAACGUCCCGUGGCACCGAUGGAUGUGAGGUCAUGUGCUGUGGGCGGGGCUAUGACACCACCAGAGUCAAGCAGAUCAUCAAGUGUGAGUGCAAGUUCAAAUGGUGCUGCAAUGUGGAGUGCAAGGACUGUGAGAAGGCCGUGGACAUACACACGUGCAAGGCGCCAAAGCGAGCUGAGUGGCUGGACCAGACCUGAGGGCACACCCCCUUUACUGCUAUACCCACCCCUUCUACAAUUCAUAAAAACAUUAAAGGGAAGAUGGGAUUCUGGGAAAUUUUGUCCAACAAGUGCUUUGCCUUCCCUCCUCUUUUGUCCAUUUGUCACUGCAUGGCUUUAAUACCUGUCUCUGAGGAAGCACUAGAAGUCCUUUUUUAAUUACCUAUUACCCCCGUUUUUGAAUAGGAGAGGGAUAUGGGUGCACUGGCGUUUUGUUCCAGUGUGACAUUAAAAAAUGGUUUACUGCGUUCACCAAAAGCUUUAUGAGACACUUUUUUUUUAACUUUUUUUAACUGAGCCUCUAACAUAUCCAGUAUUAUUACUACAAUGGCAUACUGACAUGAAUGUCUUUCUUUUUGGGGAAAAAAACUCCACUAAGAAUGCAAGUUUGACUUUUGGAAGUGGCUCGACUAGUGCACUUUGAGAAGUGGGCAUGGAUUUGUAUUGCCCUUGAGUAAUACACAGACAGAGGACUGAACCCAGGACAGGAAGUGACACCAAAUGUGUCAUUAAAACAUUGACUGUAAAAACUGAGAUAAGCUGUGUGGAAUUAAUUAUUUAAAUUGUGAAAUGUUUCAAUCCUAUUUGUGUAUGAAACUGCACUACCUUGACUGACUUAAGGAGAGCAUCCCUGUAAUGAACCACAACCAGUAUUCUGAACAAGAGCUUAAUAGAAAAAGGCUUUGCUGUGUAACCAUAGCUUCAGUCAGACAACUACUCUCAGCUUGCUUGUGUAAUGUUGACUACAUUGCUUAUAUAAACAGUUGUCAAAAAGAAAAUAUGGGAGUGAUGUUAGUAUGGCGAUAUAAGAAUUGAUAAAGCAAUAGUAUAAUAUUUAUUACUUGCAGAAGAAAUACUACAUUUCUCUGAUUCCACUUGUGGGUGUGUAACAAAGGCUUCUGUGUGCGUAGGAAGGAGAGUGUGAUUAAAGGCCCUGUCCUAAAGUGGACCAUCCCACACCCUGUUCGUGGAAUUCCAGGUGGGUGCUCCUAAAUGACGGGGCGCUGUAAUUACCUGGUCCUGUUGUUAGCUGCUGAUUGGAUGUGGUCAUGCCACAGAGGGGCUUGUGUGGGCUCCUGCUGGGACAGCGUUUAAUCAAAGGCUUCUUGGAGCUUAUCAAAGAGAAACUACUGCAAUCUACCCCCACUGCUUUCCAGACAUCAGACCAGCUCAGGCUUUGUUAUACUAAACCACUGAUGAUUGAAAAGUACAAAAAGUGACACUGACAAAUAACUUUGUGUCAUUAAGAAAAUAAGACAACUGACAGGCAUUGAAACUGAGAUAUAUCAAGUCCAUAUAUUUAAUGGCCCAUAUUCACUUAUAUAGAAUAACAGAUCGUGAUGAGACAGACAAGAAAACAAUGGGAAAAUGGGGGGGAUGCAAAAAGGCAUACUGAUGUUUUGUAUUUGUUAUAUAAUUCCAUUUGUGAAAAGUUCCAAGUUGUUCUAGUGAUAUACAUCUAUCUCUAUUGCACCAUCGCAUCCAUUUUUAAUUCUUUAAUGUAAUUCAGUGUUAUCACAGUUUAUAAAGCUCUUUACUUUCCAAUUCACUUAAAAGGCUUCUUAGUCCCUCAACACAUUCUUUUUAUAGCUACUGGAGUCCUAUAUUGUUAGGCAAGAUAAGCUUGAUGAUCCCAGGGGUAAUAUUAUCAAACCUGUCCAGCGCAAACUGUGUGAGUGCCAUUCUCUAUCUGUGUCCCAGAUGCCAGGGCCAGAACAUUCCUUCAACACACCACCUACAAAUCCUCAGUCUCCUCAGCCACACAAAUCUGGCUUAUAGGAAAGGGCCAUUGGCAGCAUCUCACCAUGCAUUAUUGUUGUCUAAACAAUACGCAGUUUUAGCUAUUUACAUUUAUAGAUAAAAAGUUUAAAUUGUUCCAGACUUUUUUUUUAUCUCUGCAAUCCCUAUUUUUCAAGCAAACACGCUUCUACUCUUUUGAAGCAAAUGUCUGUUUUAUUCUUAAGUUAAUGGCUACUUAAGAAAUUAAACUGUAGAAAUAAUAAGAUUCAUAGUUGCUAUAAUAUCAGGUUAUAGUCCAUGGUGUACUGCACUAGAAAGAUCUGUGUACCAUCACUGGGAUCCACACCACCAUUUUAAAACCACUCAACAGAGAAAUGCAUUAGGAGCUGGUGGGAAUGUUCUUAACCAUUCAUCUUCAUUAUACAAACCAGCCCUAAACCAAAUUUGUUGAGAAUGUGCCCACUAAAAGUCCACAACAAACAGUGACCCUGGUGCGUAGCUUCAGGCCAGGAUGGGACCCCCAGUGUCUCACCUGUCUCUCACCUGUCAUUGUGUUGUCACACAAGUGUGCGGGUGGGUGUAUAUGUGUGUGGGGGUGAGUGGGUGGGUGUGGGUGUGUGUGGGUGUGACUGGGUGGGCUCACCGAAGGGCAGAAGGGUCAGAUGGGAAUGUUUAACAUGUCAUUAUUAUUAUUAAAUACACGUUACUAAUGUUAAAUUCUGUAUGUUACUUAAGAAAAGAAGAGAGAAGUUUUGUGUGCAAUCAUAGUUUUUAGUAUCUUCAUAGCUGUUGUUGCUAAUGAAAUUACUGUACUGUUUCAUUAUCAGUUUCUACCACAAAGAGGGACACUACUACCACCUUAACAGAAGAAAAAAUGUACACAUAUUCUUGAAAACAUAAAUUUAAGAAAACGUUUGCUCUCUCCUAAACUGGCCAGCUUUAUGACUUCUCACUAUAUGUUUGUUUUCACAAAUUCACAGGAAUCUAUCUGAUCAGGUUCCUGUUGGGAUUGGGUCCAGGCCACUAGUCUUUCAAACCAAUCACAGUGCAGCAUUUUUGGUUUAAGCUGAAGCCAAAUGUAAAGCGCCCAAAUGAAACAAAACACCAAAACAUGUUAACACCCACAGAUAUCCUUCAUUUUAUUUUUGAAAAAUGUGUAAAAGGAAGAAAAGAUCUUGCCUUAUCCCAAUUGAUUUUAACCAGACUGAUAAAUCUGUAGUACCCAAUUCAGAGUGCAACUCUUUGAAUUCUGAAUUAACCUGAUUGAUGACAUCUCCACCUGUGGUCUCAAAAACAGUGAUGUUCUAAACAAUUCUAUUCACAGGACGGCAAGAUUGCUGCUUUGGUCAUUUUGGUUUUGACGUGUAUCCCCCCCCAGAGUGAGGUCAUGGGUGAUAAAGUGUAGGCUUAUGAUCCGAAGCCUGUUGACACCUUCUAAACAUUAACAGCUUACUCAUGUCCAAGACUUUCCCAGCCACCAGGAGAUCUGAUUCAAAGGAACACCUGCUCGGGCAGAUUAAAAUCUGCCCUACAGUUGAGCUGCCAAAAGUGUCAACUCACCCAUACAUCUCUUAUCAUUUCCACGCUCCCUGCUGCUGGCGGGAUUAGUUCUAUUACUCAGCUCCUUGUUGAUCCGGGCUAUAGGAGCAGUGGGAGGUGCAGAGUUAUUGGAAGCUCAGACUAAUAUUUACACGACCCACUAGGAACCCAGAGGUACAACCAGAAAACGGGGAAAAUAUGAAUAGACCAAGAAACUUUGACAUGGGAGCCAGACCCUGCAGGGCUCUAUUGUGAAUGCAUUGUUGUCAUGGAUAACUUAAGGAGGAUCAAACUGAUUAGCUUUUAACUAUGCUACAAUGGUGUUCCUUCACCUUAGCUUGCUCAAAGUUGCAUUUUGACUGAUUUAUAUAUGUUUAAGUGAUCCUGCAUUGCCCAAGUGCUCUGAAAAUAUCUGUUUUCACCUACUCCUUAUCUCUCUCCACAUUUCUGUGUAAAAAUCUGAGUCCAGGUCAUAUAUACAUAUUUGGUGCAUAAAUGUAACUUUUUUACAACAAUAAAAACAUGUAAAGCAAUUAUCCUGUUUCAAAUAUUGAAGGACGUUAGAUAUAUAUUAUAUACUAUGAACAAAAUUGAAAAUAAGGCUCUACAUACAUUAUCGUUAAAUACUAACACAUGUUAAAAGGAUAAUAUGUAUAUUAGCUAUACUCACUGCUGCUCUGAGUCACUGCAGUGCCUACAUCGUUUUGCUCUUUUCACUAGGCCCAUCCUUAUCUUAACUGCUCAGCUAAUCCUAGUCACUUCUAAUGAAGUGUCCAGUCCAUUGGUGUAGCAGUAUUUCAGGCCUCACUCAGAGCUGCAUGUUCAACAUUUCCUCUCCUGGACACCUCCCACCACACAGGGUUGUCUUCUCUCAUUUAUCAGCAUUAACUCUCAUUAUGUUGAGCUGAACAGCCAUGAUGAAGUUGGUGUGUGGUUCAGCAUAUCCGACAAACUGACAACUAUGAUGGCAGCUUUGUGUGAUUCCUGUGAUGUGAUUAUGAAUGUGUUUAUCAUGCUCCCUGUGUGGGAAUUUAAAGGCACACCUCACGACUUCUAAACAACUGUGACCUGGAAGAAUAGUCCGAAUUCCAUCAACAUACCAGAGAAUCGGGGGGACUGACAUAAUGCACUGGCACACAAGGGUGAGAGAGACAGAAGUGUGGGAAAGAGGAGAGAGAGCGGUGCAAGGUCAAACUGUGUGUAGGCUUAUGACUGAGAUACCUGUGAGAGAUCCCAGCUGACACCAACCUGACUUUUUUGUGUUUUCCCCCAAGAGUAAAGUUUAUAUCACACUUUGUGACUAAAGGAGACUCCUGUGCUAGCUAGUAAUAAAGUAUUUUUAUUUCUCAUUAGCCCAGAAGUACGCACUGAAAGCAGCUCUCUGAUUGGCUGUGCUGGCUGAUCCAAACCAGUUUCACUUUGCUGUUUUAAAGCCUAUGGAAAAAAGAGUAAACAAUGAGUCAAGUGUUGGGAAACGACUAAAUAGUAAUUUUGAAUACCUGUAUUCAGAUACUGUUACUUUCUCAUUUGGUGGCAUUCAAAAUACAGUUGCUUUCUUAAAUUAAAAGGAAUACAUGGUGGUAC